AUGGCAGGAUUAAAUUUAGCCGGGAAGAACAUUUUAGUUACUGGUGCUGGGAGGGGUUUAGGCCGAACAAUUGCUAUUGCUCUUGCUGAGCAUGGCAGCAAAGUGUUUGCUCUGAGCCGCAGCCCGUUCACUCUCGAUUCACUUGUUAAAGAGCAACCGAGUAUAGAACCGAUUGUGGCUGAUGUUUCGGACUGGGAAGAGACUAGACGAAAACUUGAAGACCUCCGAACGAUGGAUGGACUAGUGAAUAAUGCUGGAAUUAUUGAUACCGACCCGGCUACCACAGUGACGAAAGAAAAAUUAUACAAGAUAUUGGAUACAAAUUUACUCGGUGCUAUCAACUGUUCGCAAGUAGUUGCAAGUAAAAUGAUCCAAGAUGAAAAACCGGGAUCUAUAGUAAAUGUGUCGAGUAUUGCUAGCCUAAUUGGUGCAGGCUUCGGUCUUCUGCCUUAUGCCAUGGCGAAAGGAGGACUGGACACUGCUACUAGGCAGUUUGCUCUUGAACUCGGACCGUACAAUAUCAGAGUUAAUUAUGUUAACCCAGGUUUUUUCAGGACAACGAACAUGUCGGCACCAGUUAUUGAAGAAUUUCCAGGGCUUAUUAAACAGAUGGAGCUUAGAACUCCAUUGAAAAGGUUAGCGGAAGUGAAUGACGUCACUGGUCCAGUCUUGUACUUCCUCAGCGACCUUUCCUCUAUGGUGACAGCAACGUGUAAUGUUAUAGGCGGCGGACUGAUAAACUGUACCGUAUACUAG